CAAACAGUGGAGAAUAAGAAGAAGUUGAAUGAGGAGAUCAAGCAGAGAUAUGGAUCAUUCAAAGAGAACUGCUUCCCGAAGCCAUCCGGAGGGUGUCGGUGUAAUGAGAAGGAUGCGAACGGCAAUGACAUCGUGCACAAAUACGAUUCCGAUGCUGAAUGCAGAGUGGUUGCGAGGAAGAAGCGUGCCACGAGCUCAGCUCAUCGUCCAUCUCAGAAUGUUCGUGAUCCAGUUCGCGAACGAGCUCAAGCCAAUUACGCUGCUGUCUUGAACGAGCUGAACGAGAAGUUCAAAGGCCUCAAAGAGGGUUGUUUCCCUCGUGUGAAAGGUACGCUCUCAAAACCAUGCGUAUUUCUUUAUCAUUUCAAACUAAACCAAAUCACCAUUUAUUAUGAAACUAAUUAA